CUUGGGGUCUGCAGGGUCUCCUCCUCAGCAGGGGAGCCUCACCGAUCUUCUGUCCCUCCUCCCUGCCAAGGGGGAAGUGAGAAGGAGGGGGGCCAGGGACCCUGCCUUCUGCACCAAGAAGGCUAAAAAAAGCAGAAGUAAGAGGAAUAACAGGGCCUUCUGGCCACUGGCUUGAACCCCACCAUGCAAACCCCGGCAGAUUUUCCCAGGAUUGGGAGAGACUCGGUCUCCUGUCCUAGAAAGGAUGAGGGCAUCCUCAAGGAGAUCUCCAUCACGCACCACGUCAAGGCUGGCUCCGAGAAGGCUGACCCAUCCCAUUUCGAGCUCCUCAAGGUUCUGGGCCAGGGAUCCUUUGGCAAAGUCUUCCUGGUGCGCAAAGUCACCCGGCCUGACAGUGGGCACCUAUAUGCCAUGAAAGUGCUAAAGAAAGCAACACUGAAAGUACGUGAUCGUGUUCGGACCAAGAUGGAGAGAGACAUUCUGGCUGAUGUGAACCACCCCUUUGUGGUGAAGUUGCACUAUGCCUUCCAGACAGAGGGCAAGCUCUAUCUCAUUCUGGACUUCCUUCGUGGUGGGGACCUCUUCACACGGCUCUCAAAAGAGGUUAUGUUCACCGAGGAGGAUGUGAAGUUUUACUUGGCCGAGCUGGCUCUGGGCCUGGACCACCUGCACAGCCUGGGCAUCAUUUACAGAGACCUCAAGCCUGAGAACAUCCUUCUGGAUGAGGAGGGCCACAUCAAAUUGACUGACUUUGGCCUGAGCAAGGAGGCCAUUGACCAUGAGAAGAAGGCCUACUCUUUCUGUGGGACAGUGGAGUACAUGGCCCCAGAAGUUGUCAACCGCCAGGGCCACACCCACAGUGCAGACUGGUGGUCCUAUGGGGUAUUGAUGUUCGAGAUGCUGACAGGCUCCCUGCCCUUCCAGGGGAAGGACCGGAAAGAGACUAUGACCUUGAUUUUGAAGGCAAAGCUAGGCAUGCCCCAGUUUCUGAGCACGGAAGCCCAGAGCCUCCUGCGUGCCCUAUUCAAGCGGAAUCCUGCCAACCGGCUCGGCUCUGGUCCUGAUGGGGCAGAGGAAAUCAAGAGGCACGUCUUCUACUCCACCAUUGACUGGAACAAGCUCUACCGACGUGAAAUCAAGCCACCCUUCAAGCCAGCUGUGGCUCAGCCAGAUGACACCUUCUACUUUGACACUGAGUUCACAUCCCGUACACCCAAGGAUUCCCCAGGUGUCCCCCCCAGCGCCGGUGCCCAUCAGCUCUUCCGUGGCUUCAGCUUUGUGGCCACUGGCCUGAUGGAAGACGAUGGCAAGCCUCGGGCCACACAGGCACCCCUGCACUCGGUGGUACAGCAACUCCAUGGGAAGAACCUAGUUUUUAGCGACGGCUAUGUAAUAAAGGAGACAAUCGGCGUGGGCUCCUACUCCGAGUGCAAGCGCUGCGUUCACAAGGCCACCAACAUGGAAUAUGCUGUCAAGGUCAUUGACAAGAGCAAGAGAGACCCCUCAGAAGAGAUUGAGAUUCUUCUGCGGUACGGGCAGCACCCAAACAUCAUCACACUAAAAGAUGUGUAUGACGAUGGCAAGCAUGUGUACCUGGUGACAGAGCUGAUGCGGGGUGGGGAGCUGCUGGACAAGAUCCUCCGGCAGAAGUUUUUCUCAGAGCGGGAGGCCAGUUUCGUCCUGCACACCAUUGGCAAGACCGUGGAGUAUCUGCACUCGCAAGGGGUUGUGCACAGGGACCUCAAGCCCAGCAACAUCCUCUUCGUGGAUGAGUCUGGGAACCCUGAGUGUCUGCGCAUCUGUGACUUUGGCUUUGCCAAGCAGCUGCGGGCUGAAAAUGGCCUCCUCAUGACACCCUGCUACACAGCCAACUUCGUAGCACCCGAGGUGCUGAAGCGCCAAGGCUAUGAUGAAGGCUGUGAUAUCUGGAGCCUGGGCAUUCUGCUCUACACCAUGCUGGCUGGAUACACUCCAUUUGCCAACGGGCCCAGUGAUACGCCAGAGGAGAUCCUGACCCGGAUUGGCAGUGGGAAGUUUACCCUCAGUGGGGGAAAUUGGAGCACAGUUUCAGAGACUGCCAAGGACCUGGUAUCCAAGAUGCUGCAUGUGGACCCCCACCAGCGUCUCACAGCCAAGCAGGUCCUCCAGCAUCCAUGGAUCACCCAGAAAGACAAGCUUCCCCAGAGCCAGCUGUCCCACCAGGACCUGCAGCUGGUGAAGGGAGCCAUGGCAGCCACGUACUCCGCACUCAAUAGCUCGAAGCCCACCCCCCAGCUGAAGCCCAUUGAGACCUCCAUCCUGGCCCAGCGGCGGGUGAGGAAGCUGCCAUCUACCACCCUGUGAGGGGCUGGGGCAUCUUGGCCGCAGGGCGGUGCUUGAUGGAGGCAGCAUUCUUCCCAGAGAGAGCAGGCCUGAGUCACAGGGCCAGAGCAAACUGGAGUCCUGCGGGGCCCGGGAAGCAGCCAGCCCAGAUUACCCCGUGAGGGUGUGAGAAGUGCCUUCUCCUUCCCCAGGAUGGACUCUUCCUGACUCGGGCUCUGAAAUCGAUUCACCAUAUGAACUUUUAUCUUUUUUAAGGGAAAAAAAUGACAUCAGCUACUAUGGAUUUUUUGGGGUUUUUUUUU